GUCAUGGGCUGCAACGACAGGCCGCCCUAGGUCAGCGGCAGUGCAGGAGGCUGCGGCCACGGCUGCCGGGACACUGACAUGGCCUCGUCGGGGCCUCCGCUGCCCCCGGCCACGGGCGCGCCCUGGCCAGCGCGCCUCUUGAGCGCGUCUCCCGGGCUGCUGGGGCUGGACGCGGGCAGCGGCGCGCUGCUGCUGCUGCUGUGCGGCCUCGCCUCACUGCUUGCCUGGAGCUGGCUGCGCUGGCAGCACCAGAUGCGGGGCAUCCCCCCGGGGCCCAAACCCUGGCCCCUGUUGGGCAACGUCGGUCACGUACUGCUGCCACGCUUCCUCCGGCGACAGAGCUCGAAGCGUCCCCCGACAAGGCCCGGGGGAAUGAAUGCCAAGGGCCUGCGUCCGCAGGUGAUGCUGACUAACCUAGCACGCGUGUACGGGAACAUCUAUAGCUUCUUCAUCGGUCACUACCUGGUGGUGGUGCUCAACGACUUUCAUAGCGUGCGCGAGGCGCUGGUGCAGCAGGCCGAGGUCUUCAGCGACCGUCCGCGGGUGCCACUCAUCUCCAUCAUGACUAAAGAAAAGGGGGUGGUGUUUGCACAUUAUGGUCCCGUCUGGAAACAACAAAGGAAGUUCUCUCACUCAACUCUUCGACAUUUUGGCUUAGGCAAGCUUAGCUUGGAGCCCAAGAUUAUUGAGGAGUUUGAAUAUGUGAAGGAAGAGAUACAGAAGCACGGAGAAUCUCCCUUCAAUCCUUUCUUCAUCAUCAGCAGCGCUGUCUCCAACGUCAUUUGCUCCUUGUGCUUCGGCCAACGCUUUGACUACACCAACAGUGAGUUUAAGAAAAUGCUUGAUUUUAUGUCACGAGGGUUGGAAAUCUGCCUGCACAGGCAGCUUCUCUUGGUCAACAUCUGCUCCUGGCUUUAUUACCUUCCCUUUGGGCCAUUCAAAGAAUUAAGACAAAUCGUCAAUGAUAUGACCAGUUUCCUUAAGAAAAUCAUCAAAGAUCAUCAAGAGUCUUUGGACAGAGAGAACCCUCAAGACUUCAUCGACAUGUACCUUCUCCACGCAGAAGAGGAGAGGAAAGCUGACAGCAACAGCAGCUUUAAUGAAGACUACCUGUUUUAUAUCAUCGGGGAUCUCUUCAUUGCCGGAACCGAUACGACAACAAACUCUCUGCUUUGGUGCCUGCUGCAUCUGUCGCUAAACCCGGACGUACAAGAAAAAGUUUAUGAAGAAAUCAAAAGGGUCAUUGGUCCUGAUCGAGCACCUUCUCUCACGGACAAGGCCCAGAUGCCCUACACAGAAGCCACCAUCAUGGAGGUGCAGAGGCUGACGGCGGUGGUGCCAUUCUCCAUCCCCCACAUGACCUCCGAGAAGACAGUGCUCCGCGGGUACAACAUUCCGAAAGGCACGGUGGUUAUCCCCAACCUGUGGUCUGUACACAGAGAUCCAGCCAUUUGGGAAAAGCCAGAUGAUUUCUAUCCUGAUCGGUUUCUGGAUGACCAAGGACAACUUAUUAAAAAAGAGACCUUUAUUCCUUUUGGGAUAGGGAAGCGGGUGUGUAUGGGAGAGCAACUGGCCAAGAUGGAAUUAUUCCUCAUGUUUGUGAGCCUGAUGCAAACUUUUAAAUUUACUCUACCGAAGGACUCUCAAAAACCCCUCCUGACCGGAAGAUUUGGUCUAACCUUAGCCCCGCAUCCGUUUAAUAUCAUCGUUUCCAAGAGAUGAAGAGUGUCUCCAGGAAGAGCUGGUAAACAGAUAUGUAUAUUUGCAUCCUUCUCAAAAGAUUCUUCCUUCUGCAUCUGACAUUGGAUCCAGCACCUGCAUGGAUCCUGGUUGGACUCAGAUCAGAGAGAGAUGGGAAAGAGCGUUGUGCCUGGGGGAGCUCCUGUCUUGGAGGAUCCCUCAGCAGGCUACUUCAGCCAGGUUGGUUGUGCAGAAUACCAACUUGGAAAGCCAAAGUUUGGGAUCUUUAGCUCCUGCAUCUUCUGCCAGUGAGCAUCUCUCCUCAUUUCUCGGUGCCUCAGUCAUCCCCUGUUACACUGAAGGUAUCAAACUAGCUCUCUCUCUCUACCUCUCAGCAUUAAGGAAGCUCCAAUGCCUCGUAUCUUCUCCAACAGCGUCAAAAUUUUAAACAGGAAUAGAAGAGUGCCCUACUGCACUGCUGACACCUGGGACAAAAUAAAAGUGGGCUUUAGCCUGGAACACUUGGUCAAAGAGGGAUGUAGGUUUAGAUUAGGUUGAGGUAGGACUUUUCAUUUUAGCACACAUGUCAGUUUCUUCCAUUUGUUCUGUGAUGAUUCUCUUUUUCAUUUCUGACUUGAGUGUUUACUCCUUGUAGACAUGGGAUGAAGUGGAUCCUUACCCAGGAUAGUGAGGAAAAUGAGAAAAUAGCAUUUUUUAAAAAACCUGUGAUGAUGUCUUGUGCAUUUAUAACCCUACCUUUGUCCUCAGCUACAUGGACAGAUCAUGAACCAGAUCAGGCAAGGAAGGGACCUCAUGAUCAAAUUCCGUGCUUCUGUGCUCACUUGCCCAGAUGCAGCUUGGCCUUGGGAGCUGAGCCCUGGGCGGUAAGCCUGGGCAGUCUCAUCCUGGAAAUUGUAAGGAAAAGGAUCAUCUUCUGGUCUACACUAACAUUCCUUUCCCAUGUUCCGCUCCAACAGACAAAAUGAACCCAAGGCUUGAAUUCUCUCUAAGAUAUGAAAACCUUCUUAGUCUCUCUGCUAAGAGAAUUAAACUGCUUCUUCAUGAAUAACACACCUUUGGAACGAACAGUUCUCAACCAGGGUUCUAAUCCCCUUUAGGGACUGUUUAAAACCAUACUCAUGCAUUUGGGAGUGCCACUGACUGCCAGGAGCCAGAGUGCGGCAUGUCACAGAGUUCUGAUAAAACCAAGAACCACACUGCACCACCGCAUCUCAGUGUUGCCCUGGGAGAGCACCUGCUUUAAACACCACUGCCCUCCUCACACCACCUUGUGCUCCUGGGAUAGUCGAUAUAUGCGUGAUUGUAGUAAUCAUGAGAGCCAACCUAUUUUUUGAGUCUUCCCUCAUCUUGGCACCCCACUUAGUGUGGUGAUUAUGGCCUUAAGUAAUUGCACAGUUUAUUGAGGGUGCCAUUUUACAGCUGAUGGCACUGAGGCCCAGGGAAGGGAAGUCACACAGUUCUUCCCUCCUGCUCUGUGUGACAGGACAGCACUUUGUGAUCCAUGUCAUAGUUCCACCAUCAUUCAAUUCUGCAGCCAUCUUCCCCCUCCCCCACCUGCCCAUGCCAUGCCAUGCUGUAGCUGUGCUUGCCCAUCUUCCUCCCAGCCUGAGCCCCUGGGAGGAGGGUGCUGUGCUGCUCCCUCAUAGCCUUGCUCUUAGUGGACACCCAGGCAACACGUGAGUGACUUCUAAAGAACGUGCUGUUGGGGAAAAUCCUCCCCACCAUGUGAAUAACUCCACACUGUAUUUUUAUUGAAGGGAAUAUAAAAAAUACAGUGUGUGUUAUUUGUUGAUGCGAAUUAAAACCAGUUUUAAAAGCUAGACUUUUGUUCAUGGUUUCAAACAACCAUUUGAUGACACCUGUAUAUA